ACCGCCCGCCGUGCGUCGGUGCGUGUGUCCGGCCCCCUGGAGUUCCAGGGCUGUCCGCGAGCUCAUACCCGGCAGCUCCUCAGCCUCAUUCCGCGCGCCGCCAUCGCCGUCAUGCUAGGCGCCGCUCUCCGCCGCUGCGCUGUGGCAGCAGCCACCCGGGGCAGCCCUCGAGGCCUCCUACACCCCCAUUCAGCCCCCGGCCCCGCCGUCGCUAUCCAGUCAGUUCGCUGCUACUCCCAUGGUUCCCAUGAAACGGAUGAGGAGUUUGAUGCUCGCUGGGUGACAUACUUCAACAAGCCAGAUAUCGAUGCCUGGGAAUUGCGUAAAGGGAUGAAUACACUUGUUGGCUAUGAUCUGGUUCCCGAACCCAAAAUCAUUGAUGCUGCUUUGAGGGCAUGCAGACGGUUAAAUGAUUUUGCUAGUGCAGUUCGCAUCUUAGAGGUUGUUAAGGACAAAGCAGGACCUCAUAAGGAAAUCUACCCCUACGUCAUUCAGGAACUUAGACCAACUUUAAAUGAACUGGGAAUCUCCACUCCAGAGGAACUAGGACUUGACAAAGUGUAAAUCCCAUGGAUGGGCUUCCCAAGGAUUUAUUGACAAUGCUACUUGAUUGUAAACAAUCACCUGGAAAUACUGAUGAUAACAUAUUACCUUAUUUGAACAAGUUUUCCUUUAUUGAGUACCAAACCGUGUAAUGGUAACUUGGACUUCAAUAAAAGGGAAAUCAGUUUGAACUGAAA